AUGACAACUAGGAGUGGGAAGGUAGUAGGGAGUGACCCUUUAGUGAAGGAAGAGCCUCAAGAAGAAGUGGAGCUAGAGAAUGAGGGUGAGAGAUCCAAUGAGCCAUUAAGUGUUGACAAAGAAAAGGACGUUGAGGUGCCAAAGGAUAAGGAAGUUACCCCUUUGCCCCUAAAUCGCCAACCUAAGGAAGUUUUUGGCUGCGAUAAAGAAUUUGCAUGUUUCUCUUCCUUUUGUGAUGCUAUGAAACAAAUGCCCCACUAUUACAAGUUCUUGAAAGACCUCUUGAGUAGGAGAAGGGAGUGUGAAAUGGUGAACUUAACUGUAAAUUGUAGUUCUAUCCUUUCCAACAAGCUUCCUACUAAGUUGAAUGAUCCGGGUAGCUUCUCCAAUCUUUGUUCCAUUAAUGGUGUCGAGUUUGACAAAGCGUUGUGUGAUUUAGGAGCAAGCAUGAGUCUUAUGCCCUAUUCCGUUCUACCAAGUUUCCCAUGGGUAAAAUUGAUGACAUUCCCCUUAGGGUUGGAAAGUUCACAUUUCCUGUGGACUUUUAUGUGCUAG